AUGGGGAUCCCGAGCCCGAGCGACGAGGUGGUCCAAAUCGUGCACGGGGACGGCGCGGGGGACCCGACGGUGGUCACGGUGAGCUGCCCGGACAAGACCGGCCUGGGCUGCGACCUCUGCCGCCUCGUCCUCCUCUUCGGCCUCAACGUCCACAAGGGCGACAUGAGCACCGACGGCCGCUGGUGCUACAUCGUGCUCUGGGUCGCCGCCUCGCGCCGGGGCCGGCCCCCCGUCGCAUGGGACCUCCUCAAGGAGCGCCUCGUCGAGCUCUGCCCCGUCCCAGCGCCCUUCGGCGUCGACGCCGCCUACCUCGCCGCCGCCGGCCUCCGGGGAGACGGCCUCGCGCUUGCCGCCGGGGAGCCCCGGGUGUUCCUGCUCAAGUUCUGCUGCUACGACCGGAUGGGCCUCCUCCACGACGUGACAUGCGUGCUGUGCGAGAUGGAGCUCACGAUUAGGAGGGUCAAGGUCUCCACCACGCCCGACGGCAGAGUCAUGGACCUUUUCUUCAUCACCGAUGCUAGGGAACUUCUACACACAAAGAGCAGGAGGGAAGAGGCCUAUGAAAAGCUGCAGAGCGUCUUAGGCGACUCCGUGACGAGUUGUGAAAUAGAAUCCGCGACAGAGGACAUGUCUUCUUGCCUCCAAGCUUCAGCGUUGCUGUCGCCUCUUGUCCUGGAGCAGAUGUUCAGCGAGGUAGAUGUCAUUGAGGAGCAGUCGAGCCGCUCGAGGUCCGACAGUAGACUGUCGGUCACAAUGGACAACUCCCUCAGCCCUGUGCACACCCUGAUUCAGAUCCAGUGCGGCGACCACAAAGGCCUCCUGUACGACAUCAUGAGAACAGUCAAGGACUGCAAUAUCCAGAUUUCGUAUGGUCGGUUCUACGCGGGACAGAAGGGCCGGUGUGAGGUGGACCUGUUCGCGGUGCAGUCUGACGGGAAGAAGAUCCUCGACCAGCAGAAACAGAGAAGCAUGUGCUCCCGCCUGAGGACGGAGCUCCUGCGGCCACUCCGCGUGGCGCUGGUGAACCGGGGCCCCGAUGCGGAGCUCCUGGUGGCGAACCCGGUGGAGGUGUCCGGGAAGGGCAGACCCCUGGUGUUCUACGACAUCACGCUCGCGCUCAAGAACCUCCAUAGACGAGUCUUCUUGGCCGAGAUCGGGAGGCACGUGGUGGACGACAGGGAGUGGGAGGUGUACAGGGUGCACCUAGGUGAGGACGACCAGGAGCUCUCGUGCUCGGUGCGGAGCAAGAUCGUCGACGGCGUCACCAACAUGCUCAUGGGCGCCAUCGACUCGUUGUACAUAGGGAGUGAUGUUGAUGGUGCUGCUUCUGUUGUAAAUUAA